CUCGAGACGGCAGACAUAUGGUGCCAGCCACAGGGGCAGGCACGCGGGCCCUGGAUCAGGGGUGUGCCGCUACCCCUGCCGGUUUGGGCCCAUUACGAGUCACCAGCCCUAACCGUGUCAACGGUUGAAUUGUACGAGGAACUAGCAGGCAGCGUUGAAUUAGAAACGCAACACCUAUUGCGUGAGCAUCGCUAUGAUACCAUUGGCAACUUCCUGAAGUUCUACAAGGACUAUGUUGCGAGCGGUGAAAGUGUAUUGGACAGAUUUUAUCGUAAAUAUCAACCACUCAUAACCACAGAACAUCAGACAUGUGUGGGUUUGGGAUUUGAGUUAUUACAUCGGUUAAGGGGUUUGAAUAAAAGAUUUCCUGGUAUAUCAAGUGGCCUCUAUUUGGUGUCCUGUGAGGAGACUAUUUGCAAUGUUGCUAAUUACGUUGGUGGACCACCCGCUGCAGACAGUGGUGAGAAAGAGCAUGUCCUAGUGUGCCUAAAAAUUGAAAUUAACGGGCGACGAGGUGUUAUGCUCCUUGAUCCCGGAUAUCACGUAGCCCGAGUCAUUACUGUAAUGGCAGAUAAGUUAUACCCGCAUACAGGCUGGUUUAUUCAGUCGGAUGAACCGGAUUGUAAAAAAGAAUACAACUACUUUUUGUGUGCUAACGAUCCUGAUUACGUCGAGUGGCAUGAGAGGAAAAUUCACCCCGAUGCCUUGGAGAGAACACAAGUUGCUCUUAUAUAUGUAGCAAGGCCAUAUUUAACUGCUAUCGAUGUUACAGAACGUAGAAAUUUGGUUUAUAACUUCAGAAGUCUCCUCGCAAGAGACACAAAAGGUCAUGUUACUGCUGGCAUGUAUUUCCCUGUUAUACUAGAUAUGAACAGUGCACAGACUUUUACAAUUUUUUAUCAGACUAGUAAUGGUAAAAAAAGGAUCAAAAUGGCAUUCAACAAAUUCUGCAGUUCACCAAAGAUCGAUCCUGAUGCCGAAGAGAUGGAAAUUAUUGGAGAGUGUGCUCGGCAGUUAAAUCUGCCACAGGAGACAUUGGAAGAUGUACUUUCUGCUCUUGCAGUGGUCAUGAGCGAUUCUGCCUUUGUGGCGCAACUCCUGGCUAUUAACAAAAGAAUAUCUACUUUAGCAGAGGACAAUUAACAGACGUCAAUCCACCCUGAGAGGUGUAAACGAGAUGAAACAUGUCAUUAUUUUGUCGGCUUUCCUCUUACUUACUUUUUUCUGUUUACUGCCGUGUUAAUGCUUUAUCACUAUGUACUGUAAAAGUUAAUUUUAUUCUUGUUAUUAUAUAGAGCUUAAUAUUUUUAAGAGAAAUCUUAAAUAAAAAUAUAUUGUAUUUUGCGCAGUAACAUUGAAUUUAUGGUUCGAUAAAAAAUGUUGAAGGGUAUGUUUACAAUCGUUCGAGAAUGAUUUGUUAAACAUUCAAAAAUGCUUUGUAUCAAUUAUAUAAAUUGUUUUUAUUUUAUCA